AUGAUUGCUCUCGAACUGCACAGGUACUUAGAUAUCUACGUGGGUAGGCCGAACGAUCCGGACAUUGAGCCCCCAAAAGCAAUCACACCGAUGGAGUGCCGUCUGAGGGAUAUGACCUAUGCAGCGCCUAUUUUAGUGGACGUCGAAUACGUCCGUGGCAAUCAGAUUGUGCGCAAAUUGGGUGUGGAGAUUGGACGCAUACCUGUCAUGCUGAGGUCAAAUAAGUGUCACCUGGCCGGGAAGAGUAACGCCGAGCUGGCGAAGAUGGGGGAAUGCUACCUCGAUCCUGGGAGUUACUUUGUAGUCAAUGGAUCAGAGAAGGUUAUAUUGAUCCAGGAACAGCUGUCCAAGAAUCGAGUGAUUGUGGAUAAGGAUUCAAAGUUUGGCAUUACAGCAUCAGUCCAAAGUUCAACCGCCGAGAGGAAGAGUAAGACGAACCUGAUCACGCGCAAGGGCAAAUUCUAUCUCAAGCACAACUCUCUGAAGGAGGAGAUCAACAUAGCUGUGAUCAUCAAGGGCAUGGGUAUUGAAAGUGACCAAGAAAUCGUGCAAUUGGUCGGAAGCGACCACACAUUCAUUGAUGCGUUUGCGCCGACUUUGGAGGAGUGCAUGGAGCAUCAGGUCUUCUCCAAAGAUCAGGCGCUGAACUUCAUCGGAGAGAGGAUGGUUACGCGUGUACAGGCCCCCUGGAUGUUGAAGCAGAGUGGCCAGAAGAAGACCAAAAAGGACGAGGCCGUCGAGCUGCUGCGCGAUGUCGUGAUUGUGCACGUUCCGGUUGUGGACAAGAACUACCGACCGAAGUGUCUGUACUUGGCUCUUAUGGUGCGGAGGAUGAUCAUGGCCAUGAACGGUGUUAUCAAGGUCGAUGACAAAGAUUACUACGGAAACAAGCGUCUGGAAUUGGCCGGUGCCCUACUGGCCUUGCUGUUUGAGGAUUCGUUCAAAACACUCAACAGAAUUGUGCGAACAGAGGCGGACAAGCAACUAAUGAAGCAGAGAGCGGAACCUUUUGAUAUCCUCAAUGUUAUCAAGUGCCAUUCCAGUCGAACGAUUUCGCAAAAGUUUAAUCAGUCGCUAGCGAGUGGUAACUGGCGUAUUGACCGUUUCAAGGUCAAUCGGGCGGGUGUUGCACAACCGUUGUCGCGGUUAUCGUACAUCUCUGGAAUGGGAAUGAUGACGAAGAUUAGUUCGCAGUUUGAACAAACUAACAAGGUUUCGGGACCUCGUUCGCUGCAGCCGUCACAGUGGGGUAUGCUGUGCCCCGCAGACACGCCCGAAGGAGCGCAGUGCGGUCUGCAGAAGAACUUAGCACUCAUGACUCACAUCACUACGGACGACGAAGCAGAGCCCAUUCUCAGGCUGAUCAUGAACCUGGGUGUGGAAGACGUGAACCUCAUGUCAGGAGAGGAGCUGUGCGCCCCCAAUAUGUACAUUGUGUUCUUGAACGGUGUGAUUGCAGGAUGCACCAGAGACCACCAGCGGCUGGUGCGGGACGUCCGGGCUAUGAGACGGGCGGGGCAUGUCAGUGAGUUUGUGAGUAUCUAUCCCUCGCAUAUGCAGAGCUCCAUCAACAUCUCCAGUGACGGGGGUCGUGUGUGCAGGCCAUAUAUCAUUGUGGAGAAGGGACAGCCCAUGGUCACAGAGGGCCACAUCCGCGAACUGAACCAGGGACUCAGGAGCUUCAAUGACUUCUUGAGUGAUGGCCUGGUGGAGUAUCUGGAUGUGAACGAGGAGAACGACAGUCUGAUUGCGCUGAAUGAGAGCUACGUCAAUCCGAAGACGACGCAUAUGGAGAUCGAGCCGUUUACCAUUCUGGGCAUCUGUGUGGGCCUUGUACCGUACCCCCACCACAAUCAGUCCCCGCGCAAUACGUACCAAUGUGCUAUGGGCAAGCAAGCAAUGGGCAUCAUAGCACACAACCAAUUGAAUCGGUUCGAUACCCUACUCUAUCUGCUGGUAUACCCUAUGCGGCCGCUGGUGCAAACCAAAACUCUGGAGCUGUCGGGUUACACACAAUUGCCGGCUGGUCAGAACGCGGUGAUUGCUGUCAUGUCAUACUCUGGCUACGAUAUCGAAGAUGCGCUGAUUCUCAACAAAGCCGGAAUUGAACGAGGAUACGGCCGGUGCAUGCUGUACCGAAAGUACGCGACAACGCUGCGGAAGUAUCCCAAUGGUCUCGAUGAUCGAAUCAAGCCCGCACCUCGGAGCCUGGAAACUGGGGAAGUGCCCCCACAGUUUGCAUCCUUAGAGGAGGAUGGCAUCGCAGCUGUGGGUUCCAGGCUGAAGUAUGACGAUAUAUAUAUAAACAAGGAGACGCCCACCAUCACUACCAACGCGGCUAUGCCGAGACCCGGGGGAGGCGCGGGCCAGCCCGAGGUGGAAUACUAUAAACAGCCGUCCAAGUACAAGCAGAAAUACGAUGCGUUCGUCGAUAAAGUUAUGCUGACCACCAAUACAGACGGACAUCUCCUCACCAAACUCCUGCUGCGCACCACUCGUGUUCCGGAAUUGGGCGACAAGUUCAGUUCGCGGCAUGGGCAGAAAGGUGUCACAGGUCUGAUUGUCAGCCAAGAGGACAUGCCCUUCACGGACCAAGGUAUCUGUCCUGAUAUGAUUAUGAACCCGCAUGGUUUCCCGUCACGUAUGACGGUGGGCAAACUGAUGGAGCUGCUGGGCAGCAAGGCGGGUGUCAUGGUUGGGAAGAUGCACUACGGUACGGCGUUUGGGGGUGAGAAGGUGGAGGACAUGUGUCGUAUUUUGGUACGACAUGGAUACAACUACACGGGCAAGGAUUUCAUUACGUCGGGCAUUAGUGGUGAGCCGCUGUCGGCUUAUAUUUUCUUCGGUCCGGUUUAUUAUCAAAAGCUGAAGCAUAUGGUACAAGACAAGAUGCACGCGCGAGCCACCGGUCCUCGUACCAUCUUGACGCGUCAGCCGACUGAAGGUCGUGCCAACGACGGUGGUCAACGUUUCGGAGAGAUGGAAAGAGAUUGUCUCAUCGCCUAUGGAACGUCUGGGUUGCUACUCGAGCGCUUGUGCAUCAGUAGUGACCAAUACUCUACCACCGUGUGCAAUAAAUGUGGCUUGCUGUGCGAUCCCAAGUGGUGCCAGUAUUGCAAGACCUCCGCGGAAGUGAGCUCGCUGAAGCUGCCCUAUGCGUGCAAGCUGCUCUUCCAGGAACUGACGUCCAUGAAUAUUGCACCAAGAAUAACGCUGGACAGCGCAUUCUAAAGCGAGAGAUUCUCGACAGGAGCGUUCAGGUUGCAGUGAGAGCCUCGUCGCCCGACGGUUACUCAAGUGAACGCUUUGCCAAAUAAGUCACGAUAUGCCCGACUUCCUAGAACGACAUCACAGCCUGGAACGACUCGAACCGUUUUGACAAUAAACGUUUCAAGUCUUCCGCAAGUCACACCU